AUGUUCCCUGUUCGGCUAGGUGCUUCUGGGGUUUGGAAAAAUAUUGUUGGCACUAUUUCUGAUUUCAGUUCUCAAAAUAUUGCGCUUCAAGACAUGUUCAAAAGAGUAAUAGGGAUUGGGAACUCUUUUUCCUUCUGCUUCGACAAUUGGGCUGAGAAUUUUGAUCUUAGAUCUAAAUACCCUUCUAUUUUUGCUCUUGAAUCCUUUAAAAUUUGUUCCAUUGCAGAUAGAUGUCAGAAAGUGCACGGUUCGUUGGUUGUCUCAUGGAAUUGGCGGAGUCCUCCUAGCUCUAGCACAGAACUGUUGGAACUUGAUAGUUGUUUGAAUGACCUCUCCUUGGUUUCUCUCGGUACCUCAGAUGAUAAAUGGAGUUGGCUUGGUUGCAGUUCUGGGGUUUUCUCUGUGAGCUCUUUACGUGGAGCUUGGGAGUCAAAAGUCUAUCCCCUACUUGAGUAUAAACACUUUUGGAAUAAUCUGGUACCUAUUAAAAUCAACUUUUUUUCCUGGCGAGCUGUACUGAAUAGGUUACCUGUGAAAACUGAGCUCAUAAAAAGAGGGGUUGUUUUGAACUCUGGUACAUGCGAUCUAUGUGGUGCAGGUGAUGAAUCUGUUAUACAUCUUCUCUGA